AUGCCCAGCUGCGUCCUCGCUUAUUCCGGCGGCCUCGACACCUCCGUUAUCCUUGGUUGGCUUCAGGACCAGGGGUACGACUGCCACUGCGUCUAUGUCGAUGUCGGGCAGCCGUGCGAAGACCGCCAGGCGAUUCUGAAGAAGGCUCACGACUGCGGCGCCAAGAGCGCGCGGAUUGUGGACGUGCAGGAGGAGAUGAUCCGCGACUUUGCCUUCCCGGUCCUCCAGUACCAAGCGAAGUACGAGGGGAUCUACCUGCUCGGCACGUCGAUCGCCCGGCCGAUCAUCGCCAAGGCGUGUCUGCAAGUGGCGCGUGAGGUUGGCGCCGAGGCGUUUGCUCACGGCGCGACCGGCAAGGGGAACGACCAGUGCCGCUUCCAGUUGGCGGCCGAGGCGCUCGAACCGACGGUGAAGAUCAUCGCGCCGUGGCGGAUGAAGGAGUUCCGCGAUUUGUUCCCGGGCCGCACCGAGAUGAUCGCCUACUGCGCCGAGAAGAACAUCCCGGUGAAGGCGUCGACCUCGAAGCCGUACAGCUCGGACGAGAACUGCCUGCACAUCAGCUACGAGGCGGGCGAGCUCGAAGAGGUUGAUAACUGCGGCGUGAGCGUCCCCGACUUCGGCAUGACCGUCUCGCCGCAAGAGGCGCCGGACAAGGUUGAAGAGGUGUCGGUCGGCUUCGAGUCGGGUGUGCCGGUGAGCGUCAACGGCAAGAAGCUGUCGGCACUAGAGGUGGUGCAAGAGUUGAACACGAUCGCCGGGCGUAACGGCGUCGGGCGGAUCGACAUCGUCGAGAACCGCUUCGUCGGCAUGAAAAGCCGGGGCGUCUACGAGGCGCCGGGCAUGACCGUUCUCUACGCGGCACACUUGCAGCUCGAGCAGUUGACGCUUGACCGCGACUUGGUGAACCUGCGUGACCGGAUCGCCCCCGAAGUGGCGCGCGAUGUCUAUUACGGCUUCUGGUACACGGCGAAGAUGGACGCGCUGCUCGCCUUCAUCAGGGAAGCGCAGAAGCCGGUGACGGGCGAGAUCAAGCUCGGCCUCUACAAAGGAACGAUCGAAGUCCACGGCCGCACCAGCCCACAGAGCCUCUACGACGCGGCGGUGGCGAGCAUGGAAGGGGGCGGCAGCUACGACCAGACCGACGCCGAAGGCUUCCUGCGUCUGCAAGGCCUCCCGGGCCGCGUCCAGGGAACGGUGCGACCGCGGAAGUAUUGA